AUGCAUUUUCCCGCCAUCCUCGCUCUACUCCCUCUUGCAGCUCAGGCUGUGAAUAUCAUCUCCGCAAAUGAUGACGGCUGGGCCGAGAAGAACAUCCGCACGCUGUACGACUCAUUGACCGCGGCCAGUCACUCGGUUGUGAUUUCGGCGCCCGCAGAGAACCAGAGCGGAAAAGGCUCCUUGGACAAAGAACCCACCGGACUGUCCGAGCCCUGCGAAUUCGACAGCUGCCCUGAAGGCAGCCCCGCAGUGGGACACAACGCGACCCAGCCUCGUUGGAACUACGUGAAUUCCUACCCCGUCACGUCGAUCAAACACGGUAUCCAGAACUUGUCGACCACAUUCUUCAACGGCGAGCCGGAUCUCGCCGUCACAGGUCCAAACGUCGGCGCCAACCUCGGCGUUGUGACCUCCUUUUCCGGCACAGUAGGCGCCGCCUGCUACGCCGCACAUGAGGCAGGCAUUCCGGCGAUCGCCUUCUCGGGAGGCAGCGGCUCCCCGACCGCAUGGGACGAUCCCACGCCCGACUACGCGAAGCUCUACGCCGAGUUAGCCACCAAAGUAGUCGGCGCGGUCGUGGCCGCUGGCAAGCCUUAUCUCCCCGAAGGUGUCUUCCUGAACGUCAACUUCCCCAAGGUAAACGACGGGAAGUGCAACAAAGCCGACGACUUCAAGUUUGUGCUCUCGCGCAUCUACGACGCUGUACCGCUGGUGUCGAGCAAAGAUGUGGAAACCUGCAAUAACGAUGAGCGGCUGCCAACGGAGACCAAGGUUACGAGGGCGGGCUGCUACGUGAGUAUCUCGGUGGGUAAGGCGUCAAACAAGAGGGAUGCAAAGGCGGCGCAGCAGGGCGAGGUGUUGAAGAAAUUGGGUGAUUUCCUAACCUGUCUUCCCAAAUGA